UCUGGGCAGCCGCAGCUCCCGGGAGCAGCCGGGACAAUGCCCCGAGCAUUCCUGGCCCUGCUCACCCUGCUCUGCGCCUGCAGCGCUGCCGGCUCUGCCCUGGAUGAAGAGGAAGACUACGAGCUCAUGUACGUGAACCUGGAUAAUGAAAUCGAAGGUCCGGCCCCUGCCGCUGAGGAGGCUGCUUCGUGUGACUGCCAGCGGGAGCACAGCAAGUGGGACAAGCUGUUCAUCAUGCUGGAGAACUCGCAGAUGAAGGAGAACAUGAUGCUGCAGGCUCUGGAUGAGCUGCCCAGGCUGGAGCUGCAGACCCUGAAGGCAGAGCUGAGCCAGCUCGCCACCACCCUGGCGGGCACCUUCGCCUCUGCCACCUCCCGUGUGGUGAGCCAGGUGGAGCAGGCGCUGGUGAGGAGCAGGGAGCAGGCUGAGGAAGGCAGGAGGCUGCAGGAGAUGGAGCAAGGGAAGGUUCUGGAGCAUGUCCUGCAGCUGAGCCACAACGUGUCCGUGCGGCUGGGCUGGCUGGAGAGCGCCUGGCGCAGCGGGGCCCAGCAGCGGCUGCAGCAAACAGCUCUGGAGCAGGACAAACCCGGGGCCAGCACAGGGGACAAGCUCAUCCUCAGCUCCGUGUGGAAGGAGCUGCAGCAGACCCGGGCUGAGCUGAGGGUGUCACAGCAGUGGGCAGCUCAGCACCUGCUGCCAGCAGGCUGUGAAACCGCAAUCCUCUUCCCCAUGCGCUCCAGGAAGAUCUUUGGGAGCGUGCACCCCACCUCUGGGAUGACCCUGAGCUCCUUCACUGCCUGCAUCUGGCUCAAGGUGACCGAGGCCUUGGACAAAACCAUCGUCUUCUCCUACGGAACCAAGUUCAACCCGUACGAAAUCCAGCUGUACCUGAGCCGGGACUCGGCCGUGCUCGCCGUGGGGGGUGCCCAGCACAAGUUAGCUGCCAGAAAUGUGGUUAUUCCAGGGAAGUGGCUCCACCUUUGUGGCACCUGGAGCUCAGAGAACGGAUCUGCAGCUCUGUGGGCGCAGGGACAGCUGGCAGCCAGCGCCUGGGACGUGGCCGGAGCUCACACCAUCCCCGACGGGGGCAUCCUGCAGCUGGGGCAGGAGAAGAAUGGCUGCUGCGUGGGAGGGGGCUUUGAUGAAGCUCUGGCCUUCUCGGGGAAGCUGACUGGCUUUAACCUGUGGGACCGGGUGCUCAGCCCCGCCGAGGUGACGGCUCAGGCCGCGGGGGACGCCUGCGGCACCCGGGGCAACGUGGUGGGCUGGGGGGUGACGGAGGUGCUGCCCUACGGAGGAGCCCAGUACGUGUCCUAGAGCCCAGGCUCUGCCCAGGGAACGGAUUUCACAGAGCUGAACAUCAACAUUACACCAGCCAGAGCUGCAGGAGACCCUGCCUCUGGAAUCCCCAUGGAACAUCAGCGCUGCAAGUUCACAGAACGAGGUACUGUGGAGAUGGGAUUGAGCUCUGCUGCUGUCCUGGAAAAAGCCUGGAAACACAUCCACACAUCAGGGUGUGCCAUUGGAAAAGCUGUUCCUGGGCUCAGGCAGCCCUGUCUCCCCAGGGCAGGGUUUUCUGAUGUAUAAAGGGGGGGUCACUGUGGACAUGCAGCAGCCAAAUCCCUGCUGAGGAAAAUCUGACCUGGCUCUGCAAAACAGAGGAGCUGUGGCUGUUCCUGGAUCCCUGGAAAUGCCCCAGGCCAGGCUGGACAGGGCUGGGAGCAGCC